CUUCUGGAAGCCAAAAAUCUUGCAAGUGAACAUUACAGUUACGGGACGAAGAAACAAAGCGUAGAGACGGAGAGAGUGGGAGUGAGGGGGGAAGGCCAUGGGUCAGGGGCCAUCGCGGCAAGGAGAUCGCAAGCCUGACGGCGGCGACAAGAAGGAGAGGAAGUUCCAGCCGCCGGCGCGCGUGGGGAGGAAGCAGCGGAAGCUGAAGGGACCGGAGGCGGCGGCACGGCUGCCUACAGUGACUCCGUCGGCGAAAUGCAUGUUACGAUUUCUGAAGCUUGAGCGGAUCAUUGAGUAUCUGUUGAUGGAGGAGGAUUUCAUCGAAAGCCAGGAGAGGUUGAAGCCUCAGGAGGAGAAGGCCGAGGAAGAUAGAUCUAAGGUCGACGAUAUCCGUGGGACGCCGAUGGAAGUCGGGAAACUGAAAGAGCUGAUCGAUGAGAACCACGCGAUCGUUUCUUCGUCGCAUGAUCGGGAAUACUACGUCGGGAUUUUGUCGUUUGUUGAUAAAGAUCAGCUCGAACCUGGUUGCUCGAUUCUGAUGCACAGCAAGGUGCGCUCUGUUGUUGGAAUUCUUCAAGAUGAAGUCGAUCCAAUGGUGUCAAUGAUGAAGGUUGUGAAGGCUCCUUCAGAGUCAUAUGCCGACAUUGGAGGUUUAGAAGAUCAGAUUCAAGAGAUCAAAGAAGCUGUCGAACUCCCUCUAACUCGCCCUGAGUUAUAUGAAGAUAUUGGUAUUAAGCCACCCAAGGGUGUGAUCUUGUAUGGUGAGCCAGGCACUGGGAAGACAUUGCUUGCCAAGGCAGUGGCGAAUUCUACAUCAGCUACGUUCUUCCGUGUGGUGGGUAGUGAGUUGAUUCAGAAACAUUCGGGAGAUGGACCCAAGCUUGUGAGGGAGCUUUUCAGGGUUGCCGAUGACCUUUCACCUUCGAUUGUCUUCAUAGACGAGAUCGACGCUAUCGGUACCAAGCGGUACGAUGCACACUCGGGCGGUGAACGUGAAAUCCAAAGAACCAUGUUGGAGUUACUGAACCAGCUUGAUGGGUUUGAUUCGAGAGGGGAUGUUAAGGUGAUACUUGCGACAAACAGAAUAGAAAGUCUGGACCCGGCAUUGCUCCGACCUGGCCGUAUUGACCGGAAAAUCAGGUUUCCUCUUCCGGACAUCAAAACAAGAAGACGUAUCUUCCAGAUACACACAUCGAAGAUGACAAUGGCGGAGGAUGUGAACCUGGAAGAGUUCGUGAUGACAAAGGACGAGUUCUCAGGAGCAGACAUAAAGGCCAUAUGCACUGAGGCUGGUCUGCUUGCCCUCAGAGACCGCCGUAUGAAGGUGACGCAUGGGGACUUCAAGAAGGCAAAGGAGAAGGUUAUGUUCAAGAAGAAGGAAGGCGUCCAUGAAGGCCUUUACAUGUAGAUUCGUUUCUUUCUGCCCAAAUGUUAAAAAUGGUGGUUCCUUCAUCUGGCCACGAAACAUUCAGCUUCUUCACCUUUGGUGGGUUCACACUCAAUUCUGUAAAAAAAAAACAAAAAGAUUAGGCAAGGAUUGAACUACUAAACAUCGAUCAAGUUGAUCACUUGUCG